AUGUCGCUUUUAAACCUUUUGCUAAAGAGACUGAAAAGGAAAGAUCUACGAACAUUCAAAUUUUUUCUAACUUUUAUUUACAGGUACCGUUUUGUAAAUAUUUAGUUACCAGAGAGACUACCAAGACAUAUAAAAGGAAAGAUUUUUUAAGAACUUUCCAAAUUGCUUCCAACUUUCAUUAAUAGAUGUCGUUUUUUAAACCUUCAGCUACCAACAGAUUAAAAAAGAACGAAUUUUGUGUUACAUUCUAAAUAGUUUCUAAGUUACAUUAAGAGAUGUCGCUUUAUAAAAUUACAGCUACCAAUAGUUUGAUUUUUAAGUUUUAUUUCAGCUACCGGCGGCUCGAACUCUGUCCUCGGUCUAAACGUUCUUUUCCUAUGGCUAUACCGCAACCAUAACGCUAUAGCUCGGAAGCUGGAAGCCCUCAAUCCGUGCUGGGACGAUAAUAUGCUGUUCUACACAGCGAAGGAGAUCAACAUCGCGAUGUAUCUUCAAAUUAUGUAUUACGAAAUGAUGCCGAUUUUGUUAGGUAAAGAGUUCCUCCUCCGAAACCAAGUGAUCUACGACACCCAGGGCCACGUGGACGACUACGACCACGAGCUCGAGCCGCGUGUCUCCAUCGAAUACGUGAUAGGCACCAGAUGGUUCCACACCAUGCAGGAGGGACGGUUGAAACUUUACACCCACGACGGGCGCCUCUACAGGGAACUUGCUGCUGUCGACUUCACUCUUCGCACUGGAGCUCUUCCCGUUAACAGAACUCUGGAGGGAAUCACUCAAGGCACCUUCCGGCAGCCGUGUGCUGCUGUGGACGGCGUUGUGGAUCCUGACGUUGGAGAAAGAAUUCUGGGUCGUCUUCAGCGAGCCUCUGAUGUCCUAGCGAGUGAUAUCAUGAAGGGCAGGGACGCUGGACUACCUCCAUACAAUGAAUAUAGACAUAUUUGCGAUCUGCCGAGGAUCAAGAAGUUUAAAGAUCUGCUAGAAUGGAUGGAGCCAGAGCAAGUGGAAGGCAUGGCGAUGAUGUACGAGUCUCCCGAGGACAUCGAGCUGUACCCGGCGCUGUUGGCGGAGCGCGCACUGCCCGGCGCGGCGCUCGGGCCCACGCUCGCCUGCCUCAUGGCGAGCCAGCUGCUGCGGUGGAGGCGCGCUGAUCGCUUCUGGUAUGAGAACACGGUGCAUCCUGGAGCGUUCACUGAAGAACAACUGCUAGAGAUAAGAAAGGCAACUCUCUCGAGGAUCAUAUGUGACCACGGGGAGGAAGUCCAUGAAAUACAACCCAACGCGUUUCUGCUUGCUGGACAUGGUAAUGAGAUGACUGAAUGCGUCAACAUCCCGUCUCCAAACCUCAACGCUUGGACGGACUCCAGCUGCUCUCGGAAGCAAUACAUCCAGCAGAAGACUUUCUUCACACCAGACCAUGUGGACAGUUACUUUGAUUGGUGA